AUGCCAUCUCUAGACUCUGAAACUACUGCGCCCUCUUCGACACCCUCACGAGGAGAAGCCCUCUUCUCGGACGAAGCGACGCGUCCAACAACUCCGCCUUCCAGCCCGCCAGGUUUUCCUUGGGAGCGGGUGCAGCAGAAACAGGAUGCUGCAUCGGAGAAUGCGAUAACGCAAUCUUCACCGCCACGAAAGAAUGCGUUUUCAGUGCUGGGGAAACGAAAGCCGCUGGAGGACGUGAGCGGUAAUGCGCAGCCUAGGAAGCUGGCGAAGACGGUCAAGACGAAAGAUGGAGGGUCGAAGCUGGUGCAGAUGCAGAUGAGCUUGGGGCAGGAGGUGCAGAAACGGUGCGCGCAGUGUGGAAUGGAAUAUACAGCGUCUUCGGCUGAGGAUCGCAAACUGCACGAUAAAUUUCACAAGCAGAAUGUGCAAGGGUACGAUGUCGGCAAAGACUUUAUGAGCAAGACGGAACAUUCUGAUCGCCGGCCGAGACGUUUCGACGGGGUGAAAGAUGACGAUGCGAUUGUAUUAUUGGACUGUACAGACCCGUGGCAGAGGAAGAGGAAAGGACAGGCCGUACUGGAGAUCGUGCAAAAGGAGCUGGGCGCUGUGGAAAUACCUGAAAAGGACAUAUGGGAUGCGAAAGGGAAGGAUCCCGACAAUCCGAAGUUUAAGGUCUACCUACACAUCCGAGGGACCAAGUGCAUAGGGUUCGUGCUCACAGAGGUGAUCAGAGAAGCACUGGAAGUCCUGCAACCAGAGGAUAUGGCCCCAAAACCCUCCCAACCCACAACAGGAAAGACAACAGCUCUCGGAGCCCUCCAAGCCCGCAAGGACGCCGAAAAGCAGAAUCUACUCGAAGCCGACAAACGCCCAAUAGUACUCUCGACCACCAAAUCGCCCGCCAUGCUAGGCAUAUCGCGCAUUUGGACCUCCCCGACGCAUCGAGGUCAAGGCAUAGCAAAGUGCCUACUCGACAAGUCGCUAGCGCACGCCAAAUCUUGCCAUCACCUCGAGAUGACGAACAGUAUUAUGUGUAUCCAGAACAACUCUAAGAGUACGCCCGCGCAAAAGGAGGCUCGAACGAGCGCAGCCAAACAACUUUGUGAUCGGAGGAUGGCGAUCAAGGAGAGUGAUGUUGCCUUCAGCCAGCCGACGGAGAGUGGAGCACGACUGGCGAGGAGGUGGACAGGCAAGGCAUAUGGAUGGUUGGUGUAUGUGGAUUGA